AUGGAUUUUCAGGGGGUACGAGGUGACGUAUCUUGCAGAAUUUUUCCUGUUACCCUCUCGGAAACCGUCAAGCAAAGGUAUUUCAAGCUGGCCCCUGGAAAGCUCAAGUCAUGGAAAGCUUUCUCCUCGGAAUUCCAUGCACAAUUCUCCUCCUCUCGCCAAAUUCCGUUGCAUUUAGGAGACCUGGUCAAUGUCAAGAAAAGACCAGGCGAGCCUCUCCGAGCAUACAACAGUAGAUUCAUGACAGAAGCAACCAAGGUCUCACGGGUAAUUGAAGAUGGAAAGUUAGGCUAUUCACAAGCAGAAGGUGAGCAAAAGCCUGACAAGUCAAAAGCGCCUUCCACUGGAAUGUCUGCCCAACUCCCUCGUUACCCAAAUAAUUUGAGCUCAAAUGGUAAACGUUCCAACAAUAACAGGCAAGGGAAUGGGAAGAAGGGAAAGUUCACUGACAAAACCGAGGAGGCUCUCCGAGAGAAUCAAGCAAAGUACACUGCAUUUACCAUCUUCACUGAGGAUAUAGAAAGUGUUUACAUGGCCACUCAGUCGCUAGCCCCAUAUAAGAAGCCCAGGCCCAUGAAGAAGGAUGUCAGCAAGAGAGACAUGACCAAGUUUUGUCAAUUCCACGGAGGCUACGGCCACGACACCAAUGGAUGCAACUAUCUGAAGCGGGAAAUUAAAUUCUUGAUAAGGAAAAAGAACCCGCAUGUACAAAAAUAUGUCAAGAUCGAUUAG